CAGUGUGGAAAGUGCCCUCCCUGAUCGAUCACGUGACUGUCAUGGCGGCGCCCGGUGGAAGCACUGUCCUUAGCCCUGACCAUGCAGCCAGCUUUUCACCUGUGGCCCCCGGGGAGGGCACGCUGCAGUACAGCCUGAUCAUGGAGCAUCUGGUCGGCGAUAAGAGGAGGCCUGUAGAAGUGAUACCCGGGGGGCUUGGGGGGAUUCCGACCCCCAUAAAACCCGAUGAGCAGAAGAUGAUGGAGAGGGUGAUGGAGAGCUGCGGGUUUAAGGCUGCCUUGGCAUGUGUUGGGGGUGAGACCAUAACAUUGCUCUUACAGAACCUCUGGCCACGAUAUUUUUAUAUAGGAUCUUUAUAUAAAUAAUAAUAAUAAUAUGGAAUGGUUAUAAAAAUGGAGGGUGAAGAGCUGUGAUAAGAAAACAGUCUGAAGACUGCCUUUAGCAAAUAUAUUCACUCUAUUGGAGGGGGGCUGCAGUUAUUCACUAUCAGCAUAGCAGAUGGAAGUGCAGUAGCUGUACUACAACUCCCAUUAUAACUAUUUUUUAUUUGAAAGGAACACUCUAGGCACCAUAACAACUACAAUGUGGUCCUUAUGUUCUCAUUUGGUCUGAUAAAGCGGUAGUUUGUACUUUAAGAUUAUUAUAUCAGGCUUGGACAUUUUUUUUUUUUUUUCUUCUUCAAUGGCUGAGAGUGUCCUCUGACAGCUGUCAGCCAUUGAAUACUGGCCAAGAUGGUGUGAGUUGGCCUGAUGAUGCGGAAGUAUGAACAUUCUCAUAUAAAUAUUUAGGGGCCACCCCCCCAGUUAGUUUAAAACUGUUUUAUAGUGUUAUGAGCUGUUGUGGUUAUGGUGCUUAGAGAGCCUGUUUAGAGAAAAUAGCAAUCUAAAUAGCUCAAGAUCACUAUAGAGGUCACAUUAAUGGCAUUCUGCUUUCACUACGUUAAGACAUUUUAUUUCUCAUUAUGUCCAUUACAUUUGCAUGAUAAAUGAUUGGAUUGCGUUCAAUUUAGAGGUUAAUUGCAGGUCUCCUUUGACCUAAUUCAUGAGAAAAUAUAUUCCUGACAUUAGUGUUCCUUUUAAUGAAGGUUCUGUUUAGAUCAUGCCCCUGCAGUCUCACCGUUCAAUUCCCUCCCAUUUAAAAGUUGAAUUGGCCACACCUCCCAUGUUUCAUUUGCAAUCAGAUCUUAAAGGACCACUAUAGUGCCAGGAAAACAUACUCGUUUUCCUGGCACUAUAGUGCCCUGAGGGUGCCCCCACCCUCAGGGUCCCCCUCCCGCCCGGCUCUGGAAAGGGGAGUCUCACAGCGCGCUCUCCUCUCCUCCCACCCAUGCGCGGCAAGACUGCCAUCACGAAGCGCCUCGCCUCUAGUGGCCAUAGCUAGGGGGAAGGCUUAACCCAUUCAUAAACAUAGCAGUUUCUCUGAAACUGCUAUGUUUAUGAAAAAAUGGGUUAAAAGGACCUGGCCCAAAUUCAUUAAGCUGAAGAGGGGAGAGUGGUCCUUUAAAGUAGUAGUGAGUGGCUCUGUUAAUUGAAUUAAUCACUUUAAACUUUAUCAAUUAUAUGUUCUAGGGGGAGAUAAGACAUCCAAUUAAAGCCUGGGGAAAGAAAUUUUCAAGGUUUUUGAAAGUGCAUGUUAUAAAAUGGGUAAUCUAGGGACACAUUAAAGGUGUUUUGUGCUUAGUGUAAUGGGGAAUUUCCGAAAUUGAAAGGCUGGGGGUUUGUGCAAGGCUUUUGGUUUUAGUGAGUAUAAUUGUUAAGGCAUUUAUAGUAAAUGUAUUGGGGAAUACAACACACACAUAGUGCUGCUCAGUUUCAUUUUUUUUGGUGGGUUUCUAAAGAGAUGCUGAUGUGCUGUGGACAUUGGCCACUCCUUUCACCAGGGUAGAGGAAUGGUCCUCUAGUUUCAGGACCUUUUUCCUUUGGUUGUCAUGAAUCUCUGGUAAUCUUCAUUGUACAAAACAGUAGCGAACCAGGGGGGUACAUCUCAUUGUGUUCUUGGGACCAUUCUGGUGGACAAUGGGAAAUAAUGGAAUUUCUUUUGUAUUUAUUAGGUUCACCUUUUGGGGGAGCAUUUGGUGUGUUCACUGCUGGCAUUGAUACCAAUGUUGGCUUUGAUCCUAAAGAUCCUUACCGGACUCCAAGUGCAAGAGAGGUCCUAAAAGACAUGGGUCAGAGAGGAAUGUCUUAUGCCAAAAACUUUGCAAUUGUGGGUGCCAUGUUCUCUUGCACUGAAUGUCUUGUGGAAUCGGUAAGCAUGGUAGCUGGUCUUUAUAUUUAAUAUGUA